UCCCAGUUGCACUGCGUCUAUAGGGAGUACAGACAGAUCCAACUCCUUCACAGCCUGAGAGGUUCUCAUGAACCGGAGGACGGAACUGCAGCCAAGGACUUCCACAUCUGGGACAAUCCUUCAAAUUAGGUAGUAAUUUUGUCUUGCCCAGUCAACAACCAGUUAAUAGAAAGAGCAUUAUAGUAGCUGAUUCUUGGGGAAAUUGUUGGCACAAAUUGAGAAGAUUUAGAGGAAACUGUGGGAUAACAGCGACGACAGAGAUCGCAAACUGGAGAACACGUGCUGCUCCUGCGAAUCAUCCUCCAGCAAAUCCUGAAUCCACCUUUCCUGCGACGAGAUCAAGCUCAAAUCAGCUGUGCCUACCAUGGCAAGGUGAGGUUGAGCCGCGCCGAGUGGAUGUAGGGAGCUGAAACGAGGAUGAGUUAGGGCCCUUGUGAGUGCAGGGGGGGGUGAGGUGUGAGGAGGAAGACCGGCUGAGGAACCAGAAACCAGACCGCUUUCAAUGUAAACACACAGCACCAUGCCAACCCCGCUGCCAACCUGGCACAAGAGGAUCCCGACGCCAGCAGGACACACCUUCCCGCUCUUCCUCGCUUUUGUCAUCUUCAGCCACCCGGUAACAGCCUCAGUGCUUGAAAGUCUGAUAGCCAAACGGACCGAAUACUUGGAGAACUGCAACAGGACCCUCGGCACACUCUCAGAAACUGGAAUCUACUGUAAAGGAACAUUUGACAUGUUUGUGUGUUGGCCACAUUCAUCUCCUGGGAAUGUGUCGGUCCCCUGUCCCGCUUACUUACCAUGGAUCGGCGAGGACGACUCCAGGAGGGCUCACCGAGAAUGUUUAGAGAAUGGGAAAUGGCGUCGGAUUGAGAAUUCCUCCGAUCCGUGGAGGGAUGACUCUGAAUGUAAGGAGGACCAUUACUUCAAAGACAAGGAGGAUGAAAUGCAUCGCCAGACUGCUCUCAGGCUCAUCUCUGUCAUUGGCUAUUCCCUGUCCCUGUCCUCUCUCACACUGGCCACUGUCCUGAUGGGCUUGCUGAGGAAGCUCCACUGUACCAGGAACUACAUCCACAUGAAUCUGUUUGUGUCGUUCAUCCUGAGAGCCAUGGCCGUCAUUUCUAAAGAAGUCAUGUUAUACGUCAUGUAUUCUAACCUGCCAAAGGACGACCCUGGUUGGAACUCCUACUCGAGCUCUGUGAUAGCGCUGAUGUGCAAAUUCUCCAAAGUGUGCAUGGAGUACUUUGUGGCCUGUAACUACUUCUGGCUGUUGGUGGAGGCCAUCUUCCUCCACACGCUGCUCUUCACGGCUGUGCUGACCAAGAGACGUCUGCUGAAGAAAUACAUGCUGCUAGGAUGGGGAACACCUGUCUUAUUUGUGACGCCAUGGACAGUGGUCAAGAUUUUAUAUGAAAACACAGAAUGCUGGUCGAUUGUGAACAGAUGGUUCUGGUGGAUAAUAAGGGGCCCGAUUACCUUAUCAGUGCUGGUCAUUUUCUUCAUAUUCAUCAAGAUUCUGAUGCUGCUGCUGUCCAAGCUGAAAGCAGACCAGGUGAAAUUUACCGACUACAGAUACAGUUUGGCCAGAGCAACGCUGGUGCUGAUCCCCCUGCUGGGAAUCCAUGAAGUAGUAUUCACUGUGCUGAUAGAUGAAUGCGUGGAGGGCAGCAGCCGCUACGCCAGGAACUUCAUCAACCUCACCCUCAGCUCAUUUCAGGGAUUCCUGGUUGCUGUGCUCUACUGUUUCGCAAAUGGAGAGGUCCAAGCUGAACUGAAGAAGCGCUGGCAGAUCUUCCUGUUCACCAACCACUUCCAGGUCAGGAGCUGUUUUCGGGGCGUGCCCCUCAAGCACCUGUGGAAGUGCACCCGAGGACACCGUCCACAGUGCUCUCGGCAGAGUGACUCCUACGACGAGGGCGGCACCUCCACGAUACACCCACACCUUCUGCAGGUGGCUGUGCGUGGAGGAGGCGGGGGACUUGGAGAGGUUAAAGGUCAGGGGGUGAAAGGGUGUGACACAGCAGGGCUUGACUUUCUCACCAGGAAGAGCCUGUCCAGUAGUGAUGGAGAGAUAACGCUUGGGGAAACCAUGGAGGAGAUUCUGGAGGAGAGCGAGUUCUGAUCCGCUAACGUGGAAACUGACAAACUCAUGUGGGAGACUGAAACAGUAGGACACACAUCCUUAAAAAGCUGAGCGAAGGUGCCUGUGGCCCAAACCACCAAGUACCCCAUGUUUACACUGAGCCAGUUGGUUUGUGGUAAUUUGAUAUAGUGCAAAAGUGUAACAUCAACUAGAGACUGGUCUGGUAGAUGGGCACUACCUAUAGAGCUUCAUUAUGGUUAACAUUGCACUCAAAGGUUGUGUAUUUCCAUGUACAGCCACCUCAGACAAGAUGACUUACAGAUGACUUAAAGGGCUUCCUUACUGUCUGUUAGCAAGCUUGUUAGCUUGGUUGCAACUAGUACAAUGUCACAUUUGCAAAAAUAGAACUGGAUGGUGCAACGCAGCUAAUGAGCUAUGAUGGUAGCUUUUUUUUUUCCAUUUUGGACUCUCUGGCCUUAACUUUUGUACUGCCAGUGGGGUUUGCCAUCAGCAAAGAGCACAACUUCCUGUAUCACUGUUCACCAAAAUUGAACGUACCAUGAAAGAUUAGCAUGGGUUUACUUCAGCCACUCAAGCAAAUUGAUGGAUUUCUGUGAUUCCAUCAGAAUUUAUUUAUUUCGAUGUGAGAUUUCACCGAUGCAAAUGCCGGUGUAACUACGCCGUAACAAAUAAUUAGUAGCCAUGUGUCGUCUAAUAUAGCGCACGGUCCUUGAAGGUUGUGUGAAGCGAUAGUACAACUUUCUUAAUGAGGCAUUAUCUGUUGAAUCAUGACAGCGAAGAAUCAACCUCGAGUCUAAACCAGUCGGCUAUUAGUUAUGGAGAGAAAGGAAUAUUUGAUUUAAUUGGACAAGCAUGGAGCACCUUGGUAGCCAAAUGGUUAGAGGCCUUUGCGAACAUCGUCAUUUUGAUUCAUGCAGGCGACCUUUGUUGCACAUCGUUCCCUUCUCUCUACCCCAUCCCUUGCUGACUCUGUCACAAAAACAGAAAGGUAUGCAAAGACAUGUGACUGAAGGGCCUUUUAAGGAACCUGUAAAUGCACUGUUUUCCUGGAGGAUUCAGUUCCCAUUUAAUGGGAACUUAGAGACUACAUGGUGGAUACACACUGCAUGGUGGGUGGGAUCAAGGACAACUACAUUUUUUUUUUUCCUUGGGGACCCACUAACAGGUUAAUCCAGCUGAGCAUACCCUCCAGUGAAGGAAGGUCUGAAAAAUCAUUCAGGUGAACUUCAAUCUUGAGAAUUUCUAUAACAUUGAGUUACAGAACAUUUGUCCAGUGAGCAUCCCCUUGAUUCUACCAGAUACGUGUCUGCUGCGUUACGGCUCCACCACGGCAGCACAGCUGAUGAGUUUCACGCCUGUCUAUAGUCCCAUCCACACUGCCGUUUGGAUGCAGAUCCUGUGCCAAUUCUCCACCUCCGCCUGUGUGUGAAUGUCUCGAAGGCGGCAAGGGGGUGAAAUUUUGCUCUGCACUGAUAAACCUCUGGAGGUAGUAUCAGAGGCGCGGUAUUGGCGAACCGAACCUGUGGGAACAGAUAAGCCGGUUGCGCGAGUCGAUCUGGCAGUCUGAUAACAACACACAAAAUCUCAAAAAAGAGACAAAUACAAGCUCUACUAUUAAUCCUGCAGUAGGGAUCACUUUGUGUUGUUGAUUUUAUAACAUAUACAACUGUGGUCGUGAGUGCUGCGCCACACAAAACACAACUGGUAUGAGUUGCCGGACGGUGGAGCAAAACCGGACCAGAGCCGGAAUGCAGGGGACACGUAUCUGGUGGAACCUCGGGGUAACAUUAUUUGAAAUUGCCAAAAUGCAUUUUACAACUUUUUGUACAUAUGAACUGCGUUUGAUUGGUCGUCAAGGACCAGACUGUAUAUUGAAAGAAAGGAAAGAAUACAUGUGUUGAGUAGAUUUACUGAAGUCACAGUUAGGGUUAAUAAUUAAAUCAUUCCACCGUCAGUGACGACUGAAUCAUGUCUGUUUGCACCAAUCCAGGCCAAUCAUCUAUAAAAGGCCUUAUUCAAAGGUUAUAAAUGGAUAUCUUUGAUGAAUACUCUACAGUUACAGCACAAACAUACAUUAAAAUGCACUUGAUGGUAGCCGUAAUGUUCACUUUGUACAUGCAGUAAACCUCACAGUGAGUCUCACACUAUACAAAAGCAACAGAAGUGUUUUUACCUACAGUGUAAACUAUAACAUGUUACUGUCGGCCAGUUAUAGAUAUUCAUAUAAAACAAUAUCUGGAUGGAAAUGUGCAUAUGAAUACAAUGUAUUUGUUGUCUGAAUGUGAAUAAUGCAAAAGCUCAAUGUGCAGCAAGUUUUACAGGCUUUUCGUGUUUUCUAUUCAUAUGGAGCUUUGAAUGUAUCAAAGGCAUUGUUGUACAGUUACCUGUUACCUGAAUAGCACAAGUAGUCUCACAACAAUGUAUGUACACAAACUAAACAACUGUGUUGUCUUCUUAUUCACCUCCUACAUAUGGAGCUGACUGGCCUACAGCAGCUAAACUUUCCAUAGAGGUUCAGUGAGCCCUUUUUGGCUAUUCCCCAAACAAAAUAUCAUAUUCUAGUUCUCAACAAGUCCAGCUGGAUCUCUUCCUGUCCUCCUUACUGGAUAUAAUAUCAAAUGUUUCGAUGUUUUUCUCCUUAAGAUGUAAGUGGACAGCAGAGUCUUGACCUGAGGAGCUGGCCCUCCUGUGUUGGGCCAUUCGUUUAUUGAGAGGUUGUUUUGUCUCUCCAUUGUACAAAUCUGUGCCGUCCUGGCUGCUACAGCAUCAUCUACAUUACCCUGUUUAUGCCUGGGAGUUUUGUUCUUAGGAUGGACAAGUUUGGUAGGUUUAAAGUGAACCAGGAUAUGAUGUUUAUUAAAGAUCCUGCUGAGUUUCUCAGAUGUUCCCGCGAUAUAAGGAAUGAUGAUGCUGUUACAUUUUCUCGUCUCCUCCUCUCUGGACAAAGGUCCAGUUUGGAUAGCCACAGGUUUUAAAUGCUCCUCUGAUGUGACUGUACGCCUUCCAGUAUAACACAGUUCUCUUUAGCAUAGCUCCUCUUUAUCUCAGAGAGAAGCACAUCAAAAACUGGAAAGAAUUAUCCUUUACAAAACGACACCUUAUUUGCGUUGCCCUGUUUUUGAACAAUUGGAGUGGAAAUAUAAUACCUUUCAAGACCAGAGCUUGGUGUGACCUGAUUGCCUGGAGGUGCAGCGCCUAUGUUGUAUUGCUAAGCAAGGGUCACAGAUUUCUCCCAAAUCUCAUCAAAGAGAGCUACCUCUCUAACUCCACGAUUCCACCAGAUACGUCUCCGCUGCGACCACGGCAGCGGAGCUGAUAUGUUUCAAUCUAGUCUAUGUGUUAACUUCCAAAGGCCAACAAACUUCAAAUCUAUUUGGGCUAAUAGACCUCUUGCCUCCACAGCUCUG